AUGAAGUCAAUCCUCUCCACCACAUCUCUCGACUCUUCAUUCUCUCUCUCUAAGCGUUACUUCAACUGGAAGAAGAAAAAGGUUCAAGAAGAAGACGACGAGGAAGAAGAAGAAGAAGAAGACGACCACAACAACAACGAACAAAAGAUCUUGACCCGUUUCAACUUUUCCUCCGACACAAACCGACCCGACCAGUUCGACACUCAGCAGAUCAUGAAGAAGAAAAAGAAAAAGACUAUGGAGAAGAUCCGUUAUGCGCUCGGGUUCUCUAGUUCGGGUUUGGGUUUCCGGGUUGUUGGUACGUUAUUCGGGAACCGUCGUGGACACGUGUAUUUCGCAAUACAAGAUGACCCGACCCGUUUACCCGCGGUUUUGAUCCAGUUGCCUACUCCGACUAGCGUUCUCGUCAAGGAAAUGGCUUCAGGGCUAGUGAGGAUCGCUCUCGAAACGGCGGCGUAUAAGACGGAUUCGAAGAAGCUCCUACAAGAGUCCACGUGGCGAACGUAUUGUAAUGGCAAAAAAUGCGGUUACGCGGCGAGGAAAGAGUGCGGAGAGGCGGAGUGGAGAGUGUUGAAGGCGGUGGGACCCAUUUCGAUGGGUGCCGGAGUUUUGCCGGCGGCGACGACGACGGCGGAAGAAGAGGGGAAUGAAGCGGUGGGGUCCGAGAAAGGGGAGCUCAUGUACAUGAGAGCCCGGUUCGAGCGGGUUAUCGGGUCGAGAGAUUCGGAGGCCUUUUACAUGAUGAAUCCUGAUGGGUCAAGUGGUGGGCCUGAGCUCAGUGUGUAUUUUCUAAGGGUUUAA